AUGAAUAUCCAUGUCAGUCCUGUGGCAGUUUUGAUCUCUUUGAUCAUUUCCUCGGUCUUUUCAGUGACUUGGGCAGUAAAGACGCCACGAUUACACGAAGAGCCUCAAAGCAGAAUUAUCUUAGGAAAACCCGCCGAAGACGGACCAUUUCCCUUCUACGUCCGUAUAUUCGGAUACGGAGGACCUUGGAGUGAGUUUCCAUUGUUUAUCUGCGGCGGAAGUAUCAUCGAUCCUAGAUGGGUUCUCUCAGCAGGGCAUUGUUACUUUGAAACUACCAACGCGUCUGAACCAGUCACAUAUCACAUAGAGGCUGGAUCUGUAAUAGCAGGACAGCCACGUCAGAGUCAAAUUGUUAUGAUCAAACCCUUCACUUUCGACAAAUACGUUCAUCCCUUAAGAAUUGCACUCGGUUCUUGGGAUGUAGAAUCUUUCGUUGGGGAGGAAAUGAUUGGCAUGGGAAUGGGCCUGACCGCAGACAAUGGAUCAAUAGCUGAUGUUCUAUACUGGACUAAACUUACGGUGAUAGCAAAAGAAGAUUGUCAAGCUCUUUACACAGAAGUAGAGAGUUUUGAUCUGCCUUGGACUUGUUUCUGUGCAGAGGAUCAAAAGCCACCAGUAAGUGCCAUUUGCCAGGGUGAUUCCGGAGGUCCAGUUGUAAUCAUGAUAAAAGGAAAGCCAGUUCAAAUUGGAUUGGUGUCAUUCACAACUGAUAAGGGAUGCGCCUUUCUCCCUCAAGCGUUCACAGACGUGGCAAAGCUUCAUGAUUGGAUUACGCUGACCAUGGCAAAAAACGCAUAA